AUGGCUGUGGAUUCUCUUUGGGACUAUCAGUUCCGGAUCAUCAUGCUAGGCGAUUCCACAGUGGGGAAAUCCUGCCUUCUGAAGUGCUAUGCCGACGGGGUCUUUCUCGAGUCCAUGAACCAAACCGUGGGUGUGGAUUUUUAUGUUCACUUUCUGGAGAUGGAGCCCAACCUGCGUGUCAAGCUGCAGUUUUGGGAUACGGCAGGCCAAGAACGGUACAGGUCAGUGACACGUUCCUACUACCGUAAUGCAGCUGGGGGAGUCCUGAUGUUUGACCUCACCAACCGUGCAUCCUUCGACAACAUCAGGAUCUGGCACCAGGAAGUGGUGGACACAGUCAAACCUCACCGCCCGGUAUUCGUGCUGGUGGGGAACAAGAGUGACCUGGAGGCUGAACGGAAGGUGGGGCAAAGGGAAGCUGAGAAGCUGGCCGUUUCCCUUGACGCAAAGUAUAUUGAGACUUCGGCGAAAAGCAGCAAGAAUGUGGAGGCAGCUUUCCAGAUGUUAACUCUGGGCAUAUAUGAGGCCUUGAAAAGUGGGGUGAUGAGGCCCAGUCAACAGUGGGAUGGGGUGAAAAGCAAACUGCCACCUCUGGUUCAGCCAGAGGUCCCUGCUCCAGAAAAGAGAAGGAAGUGUCCUUGCUAGCCAACUGGGCAACCACAGCAAUGCUCUUGUGUUACAAUGUUGCAACUAGGUUUACACUUUCUGCUGAACUGUGGUUUGUGAAGCUAUGGUUUGCUGACCAAGCCACUAUGGGCUAAGCUGACACAAUCUGCAGAGUCCUUAAACAGGGUUUCCAUAUCAGAGCAAUCCGGUUGCA